CUCAACCUCUCAUUUGAUUCAGAGGCAGCUCACACACACCAACUUGCACACAGACCGUGGAAAAAUAGGGGCAGAAGAUGGCUGACUUAACAGGGCAACGCAAGCCCUCAACGGCAUCAUCAACUUCACCCGGGCUGUUCCCCAGCUUGACAUUAGCCUUUGGGCAACUUUAAAGCGGCCCCGCCUCGCACUUGUCCACUCUACCCCAAUCGCAAAUAUUGACAGAGCUAUUAUAAAAAAUGGCAGAGAUGGAAAAAGAGGGCAGACCCCCCGAAAAUAAAAGAAGCAGAAAACCGGCUCACCCCGUGAAAAGGGAAAUCAACGAAGAAAUGAAGGUUCGGGCUGAGCGGGCCCACCCAUGGGCAGGCAAGGCGGGUGAUCUCCAUGGCAACCCGCCCUACUCCAUGAGUUUUGCGGAGAACACCAUGAAUGAGCUGCUUGGCUGGUAUGGCUAUGACAAGGUGGACCUGAGAGACCAGGACAACAUCGACAUACGGAACUACCCAGAUGGAGAGACACAUCCACACAUCUCUGUCCUGAAAGAAAACUCUUUACCAAAAAUCCCAGGAGGAUCGGGGGAGAAUAGUGAUGUCUCCCCAAACCAAGCCAAUAGCACCCACUCUACACCGACAUUGAGGAACGGAGUGACAGAGUCCUCCACCACCCCGUCCACCUCCACACCCAGCACCAGGGAGCAUGGGAACAUGCCCAUCAUAGUUCCACUGAUCCCACCCCCCAUGAUCAAGCCACCAGCAGACGAGGAUGUGUCUAACGUCCAGAUCAUGUGUGCAUGGUGUCAGAAGGUUGGCGUCAAACGCUAUUCCCUCAACAUGGGCACUGAGCUGAAGAGCUUCUGCAGUGAGAAGUGCUUUGCCGCCUGCCGCCGAGCCUACUUCAAGAGAAACAAGCUUGGAUAUGUAAGGAAUUACAGUGCGAGAGACGAAGACGGCCGUGGUGAGAAAUUACCCCAGCACAGCUAUUCUAAGGAUACGCCCAGGCUUGUCUUCAAGACAAACAGCGAUGUGCUUGUGUGUGACUGGUGCAAACACAUCCGCCACACCAAGGAGUACCUGGACUUUGGUGCUGGUGAACGGAGGCUGCAGUUCUGUAGUGCCAAAUGCCUGAACCAGUACAAGAUGGAUAUCUUUUACAAAGAGACUCAGGCGGCGCUGCCAGGGGGCCUGUGUAACCCAGGACACGGACCUGUGGAGGGCAAGUCGGAGAGCAGCACCGGGGCGCAGCUCCUCACCCCCGAGUCCUGGGGCACGCCCUUGGGUGACUUACGUCGCAAAGCCCCUUCCCCUGGGGGAAACCCCUCUGUGCCAGUCCCCUCCAGCUCCACCGCUGCCUCUCCCUCUGAGACAGGCACUGUCUGCUCCCCUUCCUCCAAAAACCCCACGCCCAGACCCCACGAGAGCCCCACCUUACCCCCUCCCUCACACCCCUCUCUGCACUCUCCCAUGGGAGUCCCCUUGGGUAGCCCCCCAAUGGUGAUGACGCCCCGGGGACCAGUGCCCCUGCCCUUCUUCAUGGAGCACCAGAUGAUGCAGCAGAUGCGGCCACCUUUCCUCCGCCCACCUCCCCACGGCCCAGGCCCUAAUAGCCCCCUGUCCAACCCCAUGAUCCCUGGCAUCGGACCACCACCACCCCUGCCGAGAAACCUGGGUCCACCAUCCAGCCCUAUGCACAGGACACAGUUCUCACCCCACCACCAUCCCUCUAACAACCCCAACCUGGGAGGGAACCCCCCAGGGAUGAUGCCACCACAUCCAGGCCUACACAUACCCGGUUUUCCCUUCCACUCCAACAUGAUGCCAAACGGGCCCAUGCUUAUGCCACCCAUGAUGAAUUUUGGUAUGCCUUCCCUCGCCCCUCUGGUUCCCCCGCCAACCCUGCUGGUCCCUUACCCUGUAAUCGUGCCCCUGCCGGUGCCCAUCCCUAUCCCCAUACCCUUCCCCUUCAACCCCAAGACCUCCAAGGACAAACCCAGCAACAACAACAACCCCAUUCCCAGUGCAUCAGGGGAGGACCACAGGCCCUUCUCCCCUGGUUCCUCCAGAGGGGAUCACAAGUUUGGGCCCUCCAGUUCCGGGGUGCACUCCCCGUGCUUCUCUGGCUACAAUCUGGCCCGCUUUGGCUCUGAGAGGAGUAGGACUGACGUGGUGGACCUGACCGUGAAGACUGAGAGUCCGGGGUGUGCCUCCACCACGGCCUCCCUUCCAGAGGGCGUGAUCGACCUGACUCUGGGCCGGCGAUCACGGCUGCAGCAGGUCAUCCAGCGGGUGGUGCCCAGUGUCCAGGUAAAGGUGGAACGAGAUGGGGACUCAACCAGCCCCCCACCUUCUGGACCAUCCCCUCUGAAUGCAUCUGGGCAGGGGAAGGGGGACAGCAGCCUAGAGGACAUGAGCCAGGAGGUCAGGGAGGCCAUUAGUGACUCUCUGGAGCCAGGCUUCCUGCCUUGUAGCCAGGCCACAUCACCAUCCCCACAGCCAAACCAAAACUCCUACAAUAGCCAGCUAACAAAUCACCCUGGCACACCACGGACCCAGCCCUGCAGCCCACCUGCCCCCUGUGAUGUCAUAGUAAAUGGCAGCAGUCAACACACAGACGGCCCCAGCCGGAGCACACUACCCACACCUCUGUCUGACCCUGGCCGGAGAGGAGGGGGAGGUUGCGGCGAACCAGCCAACUGCGAGCUGGAGCUGGAGGCGCUGAAGGAAAACAGCUGCUUGGUGCCAGAGUGGGAACCAGGUAAGAGGUGCCCAAGUGAGGAGGCAGUGCAGGGGGGCACUUGGGAAGGCAAGCUGGAAGCCAACGGCAAUCUUAUGGAUCUGGACGAUGAUGACGACCACGCCUAUGCACUGCUGCUGCCCAAGGCUGGCUGUGUCAUCCAGCCCCUGCCAAAGCCCAGCGACAAGACGGACAUCGUGUCAUGCAGCAUCAGCGCUCCCCUGGCAGCAGGGGCAGGGAGCCCUGAGCUGGAGCCGCCGCUAAAGAGGAGGUGCCUGCGAAUACGCAAUCAGAACAAAUGAGGCAGAAAAGCUCAGACAGAUUUCAGCUCAGACAGAUGGCAGUAACUCCCCUACAGAAUGAGGUAUGCUGUUGAAGCUCUUGACAACACUAGCCUUCCACUAUCCGCCCCUCGCUCCUCCACUCCAUGAACCUCUCUCCCAGCCAACAAGCACUCCAAAUUCUAGCCUUGUCACCCUAAUCUUAACAACUCGGCACAGGCUGACCACAAUAACCCCUGGACCAGUGGAAGUGGGACUUGGAGGCAUUCACCUUUAACCCAGACCAGACGUGUUAUUUUCUCUUGAGACACAUUCCUUUAGCCCACACUGCCCCUCUCUCCCUUCCUUCCAAAGCAAAUGCUCUGUCAGAUCUCUACUGUCAGACUGAUAAGCCACAAUGCUAAGCCAAUAGAUUUACCAGCAGUUUUGUGUUUGCUGGAAGAGGCCUAAGGUAGCAUUUCUAGCCAAUCUGUUCCAAAGUGAAAGGUGUAGCAUUUUUAUGUGGCAAGAAAGUCAGGCUAAAGUCAUCCCCACCCGCCCCCCACCUUUGCAUGAUCAUAACCAGCACAAAAUGCUAACCUCCAACCCCCAUCCCACCAUUGAGGGUGACAGGACAUUUGUUUUGAACUGGAAACCAAAAAGAGACAUCUCAUAAUGGAAGGUAACAAUCAGAGGGAGACAUUUUCUGAGCCUCACAGGUUGAGGAAUAAUAACAAGAGAAAGAGGAGCGGUGAGAUCCUUGUGUUCUGACUGUAGCACACUCUAUUCCUGGAGAUACCAGGGGCCCCUUUGCGUCACAGAACCUUUCUCUUGUGGAGCAGUGGGGAUAUCUCCACAAUAAAAGGAGACCUUGGCACUAUUGGACUGCUCAUCUUCAGUGGGUUUCAUGGUCAUAAAAGACAAGAAUUUUCAAGUUUAUCCUCACUCACUGAUUUGUGGACAACAGGGUAGAGACCUCACCAGCAAACGACGGGGGGUAACUGUGGACAAUGUGCAAUCUCUGCCAACGUGGAGGCUAUUUUGCUUCUCUGCAAGCCCCUGGUCAGACAAAAUCAGAUGUGUAGUUCUAAUUGUAAUCAUCACGGCUGUAUUUACAUUUUUAAUACCGCAAUGAUAUUGAUGAUAAUGAUAUAUCUUCAGCCACAUCUCUGAUGUGUACAGUAAGGUUAUGGUAAUGAUGUGACUUUCAUCAUGGAAGCAAAAAUAUGACUGCUGCUUAUCACACCACAAAGGGAUUGCGUCAAUCGAGAGUUGAGACCACAGCCAUUAGCAUUGUUUCGUCACUAGUGCUCAGGGUCGUAAUGUUGCACUAGGAUUUAUCAUUGACAAGGGAAGCUGGCUCUCUUAAAUCAAAUUUGCUUGUCAGUCAUAGAUAAUUCUCUGGAAACACUGGUCCAAACGUACUGUAGAACUAUUUGUAAAGUCAAACUACUGAAACAAAUUAAUCAAUUCUUUAAUGAGUCAAAGAUUUUGUCAUAUUUACAUUAUGAUAUGGGGAAUCAUCUCACUUCCCUGUCCUUCACCCUGUUCAAAAUGUUGUCAUUUGCAAGUGUUAAUCUGUCUGCAUUAUAACAUUUUGGCAGUGUAUAUUUAGCUUCAUUCUAGUCUAUAUUGCCGGUAGACACUAACAGACCCCCCCCACACACACUAGUUGGUGCUCGGUGAUCUGAAAGACUGAGAGUCUAUUGAGGGACAUAAUGACGAACCUUAUGUAUUAUUACCCAAAAUGAGUUGCACUUACAGUACAUGUUGCCAAAUUGGUGGGUAGUGUACCACAUGGGGGUGUCAAAAAGGCUCUAAGUUUGUCAGUUGCACAGAAAAAUUAGAAAGCAUCAUGUUGCUUGUCAGGUUCAAAUAAAAGUAUUUCUUUUGGUGCAAAGAUUUCUCCCUAUAGACUUCUGUCGACAUAAAAUUUGCUCUUUCGAUUUUCAUGCUUUAUCUGUCCAGCCAAAAUCUCCAGCUUCUUUGCCAACUUCUUUUUCCAUCUCUCCCAUUUCCCUUUGGGUCUGAACCCUCUUUCUCUUCCUCUGAACGCAGAUGGGAAGUGUAAUUCCACACACCAGCCAGAGCUAUGGGUUGCAUGUUUAAUUACAAAAAUGGGAGAGUUACACACAUAAACAUACACACACAUGAAAUUUAAUUUGCAGACACGCACAGCAACGACUCACCACCCUCCAUGAUGUACUCUCUCACACACGCACAUGCACACACACUGACUAAAAUGAUGUUUAGAGAUUCAUUCUCUCUCCUUCCAUGUAUGGUUCCAACUGCUCUAUCUUGACUUCCUCCCCGAUGACAGUAGUGUUUGCCAGUGUCUGUGUAUGCCAAGCAGGUGGAACCAGAGACCAAUGUUCAGAUUAGAGACUGUUGACUCAAAGUAAGCACUGCAAUACAAUCUGCCGCAUGGUAGUCAGGCAUUUAGGCUUUGCCUGUCCUGUGCCAAGACUAGGAUUCUGUGUCACAGUAAUUAUUUUCUUGAAUUUCCAGUCUUAAAAAUAAAUAUAUAUACUGUACCAGUCAAAGGUUUCGACACACCUACACAUUCAAGGGUUUUUCUUCAUUUUUUUUACUAUUUUCUACAUUGUAGAAUAAUAGUGAAGAUAUCAAAACUAU